ACGGCUGAAAUCAGCUUUGUGCGUUCAAUAAUACAAUGUAUCCAUACGGCGCAUGAUAGUUCUUCUCCGAUUUGAACAGCUAUCGUUCUUUUAAGGAUGCGCUUUGCUCCUCUCUGCAACUGUAAUUUAACCUCCCCGCCAUCUGGAAUUUGUUUUUGACCGUUAAAACCUAGUAUUUCAGCUCAGAUUGUUCGAAGAAUGUCGGAUGGAACAAGUAUGGUAAUGGAGUCAUCGGAAAAUGGGACAGAAAUAUCUCAAGGUGAUACUGGCAACAUGGAAGGAAUGCCCGAAGAUACAAUUUUGUCGCGACAAACUUCUGUGAAUCUCGUUCCAUUUAUUGGCCAAAGGUUUGUUUCUCAGGAUGCUGCUUAUGAAUUUUAUUGCAGCUUUGCAAAGCAAUGUGGUUUUUCAAUUAGACGACACCGCACUCGUGGAAAGGACGGUGUUGGCAGAGGGGUUACGAGAAGAGAUUUCACUUGUCAUCGUGGUGGUUUCCCACAGAUGAAACCAUAUGAAGAUGGUAAGAUGCAAAGGAAUCGCAAGUCAUCGCGUUGUGGCUGUCAGGCAUAUAUGCGUAUUGUGAAACGGGCAGAUUUUGAUGUUCCUGAAUGGCGUGUUACAGGAUUUAGUAACGUCCAUAACCACGAAUUGUUAAAAUCAAAUGAAGUUUGUUUUCUUCCUGCCUAUUGCACUAUGUCUCCAGACGACAAGACUCGGAUUUGCAUGUUUGCAAAAGCUGGAAUGUCAGUGAGACAAAUGUUACGGUUGUUGGAACUUGAGAAAGGUGUGAAGUUAGGUUGUUUACCAUUUACGGAAAUAGAUGUCAGAAACCUUCUACAGUCCUUCAAAAAUAUGAGUCGAGAUAAUGAUGCUAUUGAUCUUAUCGCGAUGUGCAAGAAACUGAAGGAUGAAGAUCAUAAAUUCAAAUAUGACUUCAAAAUAGAUGGCCACAAUAGGUUAGAGCAUAUCGCAUGGUCUUACUCCUCAGCUGUCCAAUUGUACGAGGCAUUUGGUGAUGCAGUGGUUUUUGACACAACACACCGUCUCGAAGCAUAUGAUAUGAUAUUAGGCAUCUGGCUUGGAUUGGACAAUCAUGGAACUAUGUGUGUCUUUGGCUGUGCUUUGCUACGUGAUGAGAAUGUGCAGUCUUUUUCCUGGGCAUUGAAGGCAUUUGUGGACUUCAUGCAUGGAAAGGCUCCACAAACUAUUAUGACUGACCAAAAUAUGUGGUUGAAAGAGGCUAUAGCUAUUGAAAUUCCAGAGACUAAACAUGCCUUUUGCAUUUGGCACAUAUUAGCAAAAUUCUCAGAUUGGUUUUCGGUACUACUUGGGUCAUGCUACGAUGACUGGAAAGCUGAGUUUCUCCGACUCUAUAAUUUAGAGUUUGUGGAAGAUUUUGAGGAGGGAUGGAAAGAAAUGGUUGAUAAAUACGGGCUCCAUGCUAAUAAGCACAUAUCUAGUUUAUAUGCAUUGCGGACAUUUUGGGCUUUGUCGUUUUUGAGGAAUUACUUCUCUGCAGGAAUGAUGACUAUGUCUCAGUCUGAAUCAAUUAAUGCUUACAUCCAACGUAUAUUAAGUGCUCAAUCACAAUUGGAACGUUUCAUAGAGCGAGUGGCUGAUAUUGUCGAUAUUUAUAAUCAAUCUGGAGUAAAGGCAGUGACUCAACGUAAAUUGCCGAAAGUUUACCUCAAAACAGGCUCGCCGAUUGAAUCACAUGCGGUCUCCAUUCUGACUCCAUAUGCUUUUAAUAAACUUCAAGAGGAGCUUGUGUUAGCUCCACAGUAUGCAUCUUUUCCGAUAGAUGAUUACUGCUACCAAGUGAGACACCAUACUCGGAUAUCUGGAGGUUGCAAGGUCAUUUGGGAUCCUUGUCAAGAACACAUCAGUUGCAGCUGCAGUCGGUUUGAGUUUUUAGGCAUCCUCUGUAGGCAUGUUCUUCGUGUCCUGUCAAUUAAUAAUUGCUUUCACAUUCCGGAUCAAUAUAUGCCCGCUCGAUGGCGUGAUGUUAAUUUUUCAUCCACUACAAGAACGCAAUCUGAGAGGAUUCAUUUGCUAGAAUCAAUGGCUUCAACACUUGUGGCGGAAGCUAUUGAAACAGAGGAACGCCUUGAUGCUGCAUGUGACAAAAUCACAAUGGUAUUGUCGAAUAUUAAAAGCCUUCCUAGGCAGAUGCACGAUGAGAAUGCCUACAAUUGUCCAUCCGACUCGUUGAUUUUAACAGACGUGGAAGAUCCCGAUGGGAUAGUUCAGUCUCUUGCAAUUGGAAAUCCUCAUGAUUCUAUUGGUUUGGGAAAGCUAAAAGAGAGGCGGCCUAGGGACGUGACUGAUAUAUCCAGAAAGCGAAGACAUUGUUCUGCUUCUUGCUGUGGUCAAUUUGGACACGAUGCAUCUGAGUGUCCAAUUAUAGGAAGUGAUCACUUGAAUGGUUCUGCACUUGGAUACAUAUAGGGUUUUCGAUAACGCGUAUGGUGGUUCGAAAGCUUGCACGAUACAUUUGGCGGUGGUUCUUCAUUCAAAUGAUGCAUUUUUUUCAUUCCAGGUUUUAUCAUACAUAACUAAUUAACUCUUUACUAAAGAAAAAGCUUAUAGAUAUAUUAUCUCAAAAUUUUAGAUAUAGCAUAGUUGAAUUUGACUGUACAUCUGCUUUAAACUCAUAUAGGAUCUUAUUACAUUUAACAUAUUGUGUUAUAUAAGCUUCUGCAAUUUCCUUUCCUAUGAAUACAAGUUCUUAUACACUAGAGAUUUUUACAGGCUAAAUAGUACAAUACCUAUACCUAAUAGCCUACUGGGUCUUCUCUUCUGCCAGCGAAACCUUGCUUAGUCUGCUCGGAGACAUUCGGGAACUAUUGUUGCUAACUUUCCGUCCCUUAUUCCGGCGAGUUUGUGAUCCGAAAAGUGCUCUCUGUGCCAGUGCUUUCUCAAAAUUGGGGUGUCCAGAAGAUUUCAUGCUGGCCGUUUUAUCGGCCAUAGUAACGUGCUUGUUGCUUGUGGUGCAAGCAUCAAGGUCGAUCACUAUGAGGUUUUCAGCAGCCAUUUCUACCGGAAUACAGAACGAAGAUCGAGAUCGGUGAGUAUUCUAGAUUUAUAGAGAUAAAUUACUGAUUAAGGAAUAUGUUGGAAACAAGUGGGAAGCCAUAAUUGUGGGGGUGCAGAAAGAAUCUGAGUGGUAAAAUUCUUACUCAUGGAAUAAACUUGUUAAUCUUCUUAGUUAAGCAACAAAUCUAACCGUUGUUUGUUGGUUCUAAGAAAUCUCAAAGAAUAUUGCACUAAUCAUGCAUGAGAUGCCUCAUUUUUAGUAUGAAACAUUCUUAUGAGAAUAACUAUACAAGUUCUUGUCC